CAGAAGACUGGCGUGAUUGUACACGAGCUGCUGAAUGACAGCGAGAGAGGGGGAUUAUCUCACAUCUCACAUGUUGCUCUGGAUCAUUCCCUCCUUUGUGGCUGAAACAAUGACGGCUGAGAGUAGAAGGCUUAAAACUGUGAGGACGGGACACGAGCACAAAUACGCAAGCCCUGGGACGCAUAGGACACUUUCAAAAAAGUGGCCGAUGUCAAUACAGAAAGGAGGUGGACACCAAGGAUACUGUUGAUUGUGUGUGUGUUCCCAGCGUGUGUUAGGACACUUUCCUGAACCCAUCCUCCAUGCUCUAUACGCUGGCAGGAGGAGGCACGCUAGGCGGCAUCGCUGCUUUCGUGCUCCUUAUUGUUUGCACAGCCACUGAUUACUGGAUGCAGUAUCGCUACUCUGGAAACUUUGCCAAUCAGGGCCUGUGGAAGUUCUGCAUCAACAACAAGUGCCAUGUGCAUACACUCAGUGUGGCCUUCUGGGAUGCCACACGGGCCUUUAUACUGCUGUCAGUGCUGAGCUGCUUCGCUGGCGUGGUGCUGGGCCUCAGUGCCUUCUCCAACAGAACCAAAAACACGAGGGUGAGGAGUGCAGGAAUCGCUCUGCUGCUGUCCGGUUUCUUUGCCCUGUUAUCUCUGUCAAUCUACACCAGCAUGACUGUGAACUACUUUGGCAAGCGCUACAUCGAUUGGAGGUUCUCCUGGUCCUACAUCCUUGGCUGGCUCGGCACUAUUCUGACUAUAACAGCUGGCAUUCUCCAAAUUUGUGGCUACCAGAGGAGCACUGCUGAACCUGCACCUCAGAGUUCUAUCAGCAGCUGAUUUUUUCCUAAGCUGGAACCUUCAGGCUGAGUUUCAACUAAUGCAAGAGGACUUCAGUAUCUAGACUCUGUAGAACAUUUAUAUCCUUGCAAUAGAAACAUGAUUUGGUUGCAAUAAAGUAUUUUUUUGCACUA